GGGCGCGAUGGUUUUGAGGAACACCGGGAGGAGGCACCCAGAAGCGGGCCCUGACGGCGACCCCAACCGGGAUGAUGGUCCUUCUUCCAUCUCAGCACUCAAGCGUUUGGAGCGCAGUCAGUGGACUGAUAAGAUGGAUUCCCGGUUUGGUUUUGAUAGGCUCAAGGAACCUGGUGAGAAAACAGGCUGGUUGAUCAACAUGCACCCUACUGAGAUUUUAGAUGAAGAUAAACGUUUAGUUAGUGCAGUGGAUUACUACUUCAUUCAAGAAGAUGGAAGCAGAUUUAAGGUGGCUUUGCCCUAUAAGCCGUAUUUCUACAUCGCAACCAAAAAGGGUUGUGAACGAGAAGUUUCAUCUUUUCUGUCUAGGAAGUUUCAGGGUAAAAUUGCUAAAGUAGAAACAGUUCCCAAAGAAGACCUGGAUUUGCCAAAUCACUUGGUGGGUCUGAAGCGGAAUUACAUUAAGCUGUCCUUCAACACUGUGGAAGACCUGGUCAGAGUGAGGAAGGAAAUCUCUCCUUCUGUGAAGAAGAACCGAGAACAAGGCCAUGCUAGUGACUCUUACACAGCUCUGCUUUCCAGUGUUCUGCAAGGGGGUGGUGUGGUUAUUGAUGAAGAAGAAGCCUCUAAGAAGAUUACUGACCAGCUGGACAAUAUUGUGGACAUGCGAGAGUAUGAUGUGCCUUACCACAUCCGCCUCUCCAUUGAUCUGAAGAUUCAUGUGGCUCAUUGGUACAAUGUCAAAUAUCGAGGAAGUGCCAUUCCUGUGGAAGUUAUCCGCCGAGAUGACCUUGUUGAACGACCUGACCCUGUGGUUUUGGCAUUUGACAUAGAGACGACCAAGUUGCCCCUUAAGUUUCCUGAUGCUGAGACUGACCAGAUUAUGAUGAUUUCCUACAUGAUUGACGGUCAGGGCUACCUCAUCACCAAUAGGGAGAUAGUUUCAGAAGAUAUUGAAGAUUUUGAAUUCACCCCUAAGCAGGAAUAUGAAGGACCCUUUUGUGUCUUCAAUGAACCUGAUGAGGUUCACUUAAUUCAAAGAUGGUUUGAACAUGUCCAGGAAACCAAACCUACCAUUAUGGUCACUUAUAAUGGGGACUUUUUUGACUGGCCGUUUGUGGAGGCCAGAGCAGCAGUGCACGGACUGAGCAUGUUCCAGGAGAUAGGCUUCCAGAAGGACAGCCAGGGGGAGUACAAGGCACCCCAGUGCAUCCACAUGGACUGUCUCAGGUGGGUGAAGAGGGAUAGUUACCUCCCUGUUGGCAGCCACAAUCUCAAGGCAGCUGCCAAAGCCAAGCUGGGCUAUGACCCCGUAGAGCUGGACCCUGAGGACAUGUGCCGUAUGGCCACCGAGCAGCCCCAGACUCUGGCUACAUAUUCAGUUUCAGAUGCAGUGGCCACCUACUACCUGUACAUGAAGUAUGUGCAUCCUUUUAUAUUUGCCCUGUGCACCAUUAUCCCCAUGGAGCCCGAUGAGGUGCUGCGGAAGGGCUCCGGGACACUAUGUGAGGCCCUGCUGAUGGUGCAGGCCUUCCACGCCAACAUCAUCUUCCCCAACAAGCAGGAGCAGGAGUUCAACAAGCUGACCACUGAUGGCCACGUGCUGGAUGCUGAGACCUAUGUGGGCGGCCACGUGGAGGCCCUGGAGUCAGGCGUAUUCCGCAGUGAUAUCCCCUGCCGAUUCAGGAUGAACCCCGCUGCCUUUGACUUCCUGCUGCAGCGGGUGGAGAAGACACUACAUCACGCGGUAGAGGAGGAGGAGAAGGUGCCUGUAGAGCAGGUCACCAAUUUCCAGGAGGUGUGUGAUCAAAUUAAGGCCAAGCUCACUGCCCUGAAAGAUGUUCCUAACCGGAUCGAGUGUCCCCUCAUCUACCACCUUGAUGUGGGAGCCAUGUACCCUAACAUCAUCCUGACCAACCGCCUCCAGCCCUCUGCCAUGGUGGAUGAGGCCACCUGUGCUGCCUGCGACUUUAAUAAGCCUGGAGCAAACUGUCAGCGCAAGAUGGCCUGGCAGUGGAGGGGCGAGUUCAUGCCAGCCAGUCGCAGUGAGUACCAUCGGAUCCAGCACCAGCUGGAGUCGGAGAAGUUCCCUCCCCUGGUUCCAGAAGGCCCAGCCCGGGCCUUUCAUGAGCUGUCGCGAGAAGAGCAGGCUAAAUAUGAGAAGAGGAGGCUGGCAGAUUACUGCCGCAAGGCCUACAAGAAGAUCCACGUGACUAAGGUGGAGGAGCGCCUCACCACCAUCUGCCAGCGAGAAAACUCCUUCUACGUGGACACUGUGCGCGCCUUCCGGGAUCGACGCUACGAGUUCAAGGGCCUCCACAAGGUGUGGAAGAAGAAGCUCUCUGCAGCCGUGGAGGUGGGGGACGCGGCCGAGGCGAAGCGCUGCAAGAACAUGGAGGUGCUGUACGACUCCCUGCAGCUAGCACACAAGUGCAUCCUCAACUCCUUCUAUGGCUACGUCAUGCGGAAAGGGGCCCGCUGGUACUCCAUGGAGAUGGCUGGCAUUGUGUGCUUCACAGGAGCCAACAUCAUCACGCAGGCGCGGGAACUGAUUGAACAGAUUGGGAGGCCCUUGGAGCUAGACACAGAUGGAAUAUGGUGCGUCCUGCCCAACAGCUUCCCAGAAAACUUUGUCAUCAAGACGGCCAAUGCUAAAAAGCCCAAGGUGACCAUCUCGUACCCUGGAGCCAUGCUGAACAUCAUGGUCAAGGAAGGCUUCACCAACCAUCAGUACCAGGAGCUGGCUGAGCCUUCUUCACUCACCUAUAUCACCCGUUCAGAGAACAGUAUUUUCUUUGAGGUAGAUGGACCCUACCUUGCCAUGAUCCUUCCGGCCUCCAAAGAGGAAGGCAAAAAACUAAAGAAGAGGUACGCUGUGUUCAAUGAAGACGGAUCCCUGGCUGAGCUGAAGGGCUUUGAGGUCAAACGUCGUGGGGAGCUGCAGCUGAUUAAAAUCUUCCAGUCCUCUGUGUUUGAGGCCUUCCUCAAGGGCAGCACCUUGGAAGAAGUAUAUAGUUCUGUCGCCAAAGUGGCUGAUUACUGGCUGGACGUGCUGUAUAGCAAGGCAGCUAACAUGCCUGACUCUGAGCUGUUUGAGUUGAUCUCUGAGAACCGCUCCAUGUCUCGGAAACUGGAAGACUAUGGGGAGCAGAAGUCCACGUCCAUCAGCACAGCCAAGCGGCUCGCCGAGUUCCUGGGGGACCAGAUGGUGAAGGACGCAGGACUGAGCUGCCGUUAUAUCAUCUCUCGGAAGCCUGAGGGCUCUCCAGUCACAGAGAGAGCCAUUCCACUCGCCAUUUUCCAGGCAGAAGCCACAGUGAGGAAACACUUUCUGCGGAAAUGGCUUAAGAGUUCUUCCCUUCAGGACUUUGACAUUCGAACUAUUCUGGACUGGGACUACUACAUUGAACGACUGGGGAGUGCCAUACAGAAGAUCAUCACCAUCCCUGCUGCUCUGCAGCAGGUAAAGAACCCUGUGCCACGUGUCAAACACCCCGACUGGCUGCACAAGAAGCUGUUGGAGAAGAAUGAUGUCUACAAGCAAAAGAAGAUCAGUGAACUCUUUGUCCUUGAAGGCAAGCGACAGGUGGGCAUGGUCCAGGUUGAGGAUGGCACCCAGAGCCUAGGCACCUCUGACAUGGAGGACUUGGGCCAAACGAAGCCACCCCAUCCUCCAGUGCCCAUCGCUACAAAGAGGAAGCGUGUCCUGUGGGAGAGCCAGGAGCAGUCCCAGGACCUGGAAUUGUCGGUGCCUUGGCAGGAAAUACUGGGACAGCCCCCUGCCCUCGGAACCACCCAGGAAGAGUGGCUGGUCUGGCUACGGUUCCACAAGAAGAAGUGGCAGCUGCAAACCCGACAACGCCUGGCUCUCAAGAAGCGACAGCGCCUGAGUGUGGCAGAGGGCGGCCCACGAUUGGGGGCUGUGAGGGAUGUGCCAGCCACAGGGCUGGGAGGCUUCUUGAGACGAGCAGCCCGUAGCAUCCUGGACCUCCCGUGGCAGAUUGUGCAGAUCAGCGAGACCUCCCAGGCUGGCUUGUUCAGGCUCUGGGCUGUCAUCGGCAGCGACCUGUACUGCAUCAAGCUGAACAUUCCUCGUGUGUUCUAUGUGAACCAGCGUGUGGCUAAAGCAGAAGAAGGACCUUCAUACCGCAAGGUUAACCGAGUCCUGCCUCGCUCCAACAUGGUCUACAAUCUCUACGAGUACUCAGUGCCAGAGGAUAUGUACCAGGAGCAUAUCAAUGAGAUCAACACAGAGCUGUCAGCCCCAGACAUAGAGGGAGUGUAUGAAACUCAGGUGCCCCUACUGUUCCGGGCCUUGGUACAGCUGGGCUGCGUGUGUGUGGUCAACAAACAGCUGGUGAAGCAUCUUUCGGGAUGGGAGGCAGAAACCUUUACCCUCGAGCACUUGGAGAUGCGUUCCCUGGCCCAGUUUAGCUACCUGGAACCAGGAAGCAUCCGCCACAUCUACCUGUACCACCAUGCGCAGGGCCACAAAGCACUCCUGGGUGUGUUCAUUCCCUCUCAGCGCCGGGCAUCCGUGUUUGUGCUGGAUACCGUACGAAGCAACCAGAUGCCCAGUCUCAGCACCUUGUACUCAGCUGAGCACAGCCUCCUCCUUGAGAAAACAGGCCCUGAGCUCCUGCCUCCCCCCAAACACACCUUUGAGGUGCGUGCUGAAACUGACUUGAAGACCAUCUGCAGAGCCAUCCAGCGCUUCCUGCUGGCCUACAAGGAGGAGCGCCGAGGACCCACACUCAUAGCUGUGCAGUCCAACUGGGAACUGAAGAGGCUGAGCAGCGAAGUGCCUGUCCUGGAGGAGUUCCCGCUGGUCCCACUACGUGUGGCUGACAAGAUCAGCUACGGGGUCCUUGACUGGCAGCGCCAGGGGGCCCGGCACAUGAUCCGCCACUACCUCAACCUGGACACUUGUCUGUCGCAGGCCUUCGAGAUGAGCAGGUACUUCCACAUUCCCAUCGGGAACCUGCCCGAGGACAUCUCCACGUUCGGCUCUGACCUCUUCUUCGCCCGGCACCUCCAGCGCCACAACCACCUGCUCUGGCUGUCCCCCACAUCACGCCCUGAUCUUGGCGGCAAGGAGGCAGACAACAACCGUCUCGUCAUGGAGUUCCAUGAUCAGGUGCCUGUGGAACUCAACAAUUCCGGCUGCUAUUCCACAGUGUGUGUGGAACUGGAUGUGCAGAACCUGGCUGUGAACACCAUCCUGCAGUCUCACCACGUCAAUGACAUGGAGGGCGCAGACAGCAUGGGCAUCAGCUUCGACGUGAUUCCGCAGGCCUCCCUGGAGGACAUGAUCACAGGCAACCAGGCUGCCAGCGUCCCGGCCAGCUACGAUGAGACGGCGCUCUGCUCCAGCACCUUCCGGAUUCUGAAGAGCAUGGUGGUGGGCUGGGUGAAGGAGAUCACACAGUUCCACAACGUGUAUGCAGACAACCAGGUGAUGCACUUCUACCGCUGGCUGCACUCCCCGAGCUCACUGCUGCACGAGCCUGCCCUGCACCGCACACUCCACAGCCUGAUGAAGAAGCUCUUUCUGCAGCUCAUUGCUGAAUUCAAGCGCCUGGGGUCAUCAGUCGUCUACGCCAAUUUCAACCGCAUCAUCCUCUGUACCAAGAAGCGGCGCAUUGAGGACGCCUUAGCCUACGUGGAAUACAUCACUACCAGCAUUCAUUCUAAGGAGCUCUUCCACUCCUUGACGAUCUCUUUCUCUCGGUGCUGGGAGUUUCUCCUCUGGAUGGAUCCUUCCAACUAUGGUGGGAUCAAAGGAAACGUGUCGUCCAGUAUUCACUGUGGACAGCCAGAACCCAAACAGGGAGUCAGUGCAGAAGGGGAGGAGGAGCAGCAGGAAGAGGAGGAGGAGGAGGAGGAGGAGGUCGUGGAGGAGGAAGACUUGCAGGAGCCAGAAGUGGAGGACUUGCUAGAAAACAACUGGAACAUCUUGCAGUUUUUGCCUCAGGCUGCUUCCUGCCAAAGCUACUUCCUCAUGAUAGUCUCAGCAUAUAUUGUGGCCGUGUACCACAGCAUGAAGGAGGAACAAAGACGCAGCACCCCGGGGAGUACCCCUGUGAGGAGGAGGGGGGGCACCCAGCUCUCUCAGGAGGCCCAGGGUGCAGCUGGAGCCCUUCCUGGAAUGAUCACCUUCUCUCAAGAUUACGUGGCAAAUGAACUCACUCAAAACUUCUUCACCAUCACUCAGAAAAUUCAGAAGAAAGUCACAGGCUCUCGGAACUCAACUGAGCUUUCUGAGAUGUUUCCUACCCUCCCCGGUUCUCACCUGCUGCUUAAUAACCCUGCUCUGGAGUUCAUUAAAUAUGUGUGUAAGGUCCUCUCUCUGGACACGAACAUCACAAACCAAGUGAAUAAGCUGAACCGGGACCUGCUUCGCCUGGUAGACGUGGGCGAAUUCUCGGAGGAGGCUCAGUUCCGAGACCCUUGCCGCUCCUACGUGCUCCCUGAGGUCAUCUGCCGCAGCUGUAACUUCUGCCGGGACCUGGACCUGUGCAAGGAUCCCUCCUUCUCUCAGGACAGCACCGUUCUGCCCCAGUGGUUCUGCCCCAACUGUCAGGGUGCCUAUGACUCAGCCGUCAUUGAGAUGUCCCUGGUGGAAGCUCUGCAGAAGAAGCUAAUGGCCUUCACUCUGCAGGACCUGGUCUGCCUCAAGUGCCAGGGAGUGAAGGAGACCAACAUGCGUUUGUACUGCAGCUGCGCCGGGGACUUUGCCCUCACCGUCCACACUGAGGUCUUCCUAGAGCAGAUUGGAAUCUUCCGGAACAUCGCCCAGCACUAUGGCAUGUCCUAUCUGCUGGAGACGCUGGAGUGGCUGCUGCAGAAGAACCCCCGGCUGAACCGUUAACCAGCUGGGUGGCCUCCUCCUCUGGUCUGUGCAGCCUGAGCCUUCAGGAAGAUUCUUGGGGACUGCCCAGGAGAGGCUAGAGCCAGCUGAGAGGGGCUUCACCUCAGCUGGUCAGGACAGCCCUGGGGAUUGAGCUUAUUUCCUGAACAAGCACCCUUCAGCCCUGCCCCUGCCCUUCUCUGUCACCUCAGCCCCAACGGGGCGGAAGCCGAGCUCUCGGAGGAGAGGUCCCCUCAGUCAGGAAUGCUGUCCCACAUGCAUGCCGGUGGGGCGUCAGCUCCUAAACACAGGACCUGGUCACCUUGUCUGCCUCGUGAACGUCAUAAGUCAGUGUAUUUACUUGAAGAAAGGACAGAGCAAAUCCCUGGCAUGUGCAAUUCAUGAACUGCAGGACCUCACAUUGCAAGUCCUGUGCUCCACAACUGAGCCACUCCCUGGCUGCUGGGGUGGACUUUUAACACCACAUGUCACCUGUGUUUCAGAGAAAUGUUUCUUUAUAUA